AUGGCUUCUUUCCCCGAGUCGGAUUUCCAGAUCUGCCUGCUGUGCAAGGAGAUGUGUGGCUCGCCGGCUCCCGUCUCGUCCAACUCCUCUACCUCGUCGUCGUCUUCCCAAACGUCCAACUCGUCCGGCGGCGGCGGCGGCGGCUCGUCGUCGUCUUCCUCCUCCUCGUGCACCCCGUCGAGGCGCCUGCACGCCCUGCCCUGCUUGCACGCUUUCUGCCGCCAGUGCCUGGAAGCGCAGCGCCACCCAGCCGCGGGGGAGUCUCUCAAGCUGCGUUGCCCCAUCUGCGACCAGAAGGUGGUGAUCUCGGAGCCGUCGGGCAUGGACGCGCUGUCCUCCUCCAACUUCCUCCUCAGCAACCUGCUCGACGUGGUCGUCGUGGCCGCGGCCGCCGAGGACCAAAAGAACAACGGCCGGCCGAGCGGCCCGGGGGGAGGCGGAGGAGGAGGAGGCCCGGGGGGAGGCGGCGGCGGCGGCGGGGGAAGUAACAGCAGCACCAACAACAGGCACCACCAUUCCCGGCAGCAGCAAGCGCAGCAGCAACACCGCGCCUCGGCGGGCGGCUCCUCGCCGGGUUCUGCCGCCGGCUCGGCGCCUUCGGGUGGCGGCGGCGGCGGCGGCUCCUCCUCGCUGCUGCUCCGGCGGCCCCACAGCCGGCAAGGCGAGCCCCGCUGCAGCUCGUGCGACGAAGGCAACGCCGCCAGCUCCCGCUGCCUCGACUGCCAGGAACACCUGUGUGACAACUGCGUGCGCGCCCACCAGCGCGUCCGCCUCACCAAGGACCACUUCAUCGAGCGCUUCGGCCCGGGGCCGCCCGCCGCGGCCGGGCCCGGCUCCGCCUCGGCGGCCGCCCAGCUCUCCCUCAGCCAGCCCUACUCCGCCGCGCCUUACAACAUCCUCUCCGUCUUCCCAGACAGGGUCAACUACUGCCAACACCACGACGACGAGGUGCUGCAUUUCUACUGUGACACUUGCUCUGUCCCCAUAUGCCGGGAAUGUACCAUGGGACGACAUGUGGGUCACAGCUUUAUCUACCUCCAAGAUGCUCUGCAGGAUUCAAGAACCCUUACCAUUCAGCUACUAGCUGAUGCUCAACAGGGACGCCAGGCCAUUCAGCUCAGUAUUGAGCAGGCCCAAGCAGUUGCAGAACAAGUUGAGAUGAAGGCAAAGAUGGUACAAUCUGAAGUGAAAGCAGUGACGUCUAGACACAAGAAGGCCCUAGAAGAAAGGGAGUGUGAGCUGCUAUGGAAGGUGGAAAAAAUCCGCCAAGUGAAAGCGAAGUCACUCUACCUGCAGGUUGAAAAGUUGCGUCAAAACCUAAACAAGCUAGACAACACCAUCAGUGCGGUCCAGCAGGUCCUAGAGGAGGGUCGGAACAUGGAUAUCCUCUUGGCUCGGGACCGGAUGCUUGCUCAGGUGCAAGAGCUGAAGAAUGUCAGAGGCUUCCUGCAGCCUCAAGAGGACGACAGGGUCAUGUUCACUCCUCCUGACCAGGCAUUGUAUAUGGCCAUCAAGUCCAUGGGGUUUGUCAGCAGUGGGGCCUUCGCUCCUCUGACCAAAGCCACAGGGGAAGGUCUCAAACGUGCACUGCAAGGCAAAGUGGCCUCUUUCACAGUGAUAGGCUAUGACCAUGAUGGAGAGCCUCGCCUCUCUGGGGGAGACAUGAUCUCUGCUGUGGUCAUGGGGCCUGAUGGAAAUCUCUUUGGAGCAGAUAUUGGCGAUCAGCAGAAUGGAACGUACCUGGUCAAUUACAGGCCACAGAUGGAAGGGGAGCAUCUGAUAUCGGUAAUGAUGUGCAACCAGCAUAUCGAAAACAGCCCAUUCAAAGUCAUGGUCAAGUCAGGGCGCAGUUACGUUGGUAUUGGGCUACCAGGACUCUGCUUCGCUAGUGAGGGGGAUAGUGAUGGAAAGCUGUGCCGCCCCUGGGGUGUUAGCGUAGAUAAGGAAGGUUAUAUCAUUGUUGCUGACCGCAGCAACAACCGCAUCCAGGUCUUCAAGCCCUGUGGCGCUUUCCACCACAAGUUUGGCACUUUGGGCUCCAGGCCCGGCCAAUUUGAUAGGCCUGCCGGCGUUGCCUCUGAUUCCUCACGGAGGAUUGUUGUGGCCGACAAGGACAAUCAUCGCAUCCAGAUCUUCACGUUCGAUGGCCAGUUCAUUCUGAAGUUUGGGGAGAAAGGAACCAAAAACGGGCAGUUCAAUUACCCCUGGGAUGUAGCAGUAAACUCCGAGGGGAAAAUCCUGGUGUCCGACACGAGGAAUCAUCGGGUUCAGCUGUUUGGGCCUGACGGAGUGUUCCUGAAUAAAUAUGGGUUUGAAGGGGCGCUCUGGAAGCACUUUGAUUCCCCGAGAGGCGUGACGUUCAAUCACGAGGGCCAUCUCGUCGUGACCGAUUUCAACAAUCACCGUCUCCUGGUCAUCCAUCCCGACUGUCAGUCGGCCCGCUUCCUUGGGUCCGAAGGCACAAGCAACGGCCAGUUUCUGCGCCCACAAGGUGUGGCAGUGGACCAGGAAGGUCGUAUCAUUGUGGCAGAUUCCAGGAACCACCGGGUGCAGAUAUUUGAGCCAAAUGGUAGUUUUUUAUGCAAAUUUGGCACUCAGGGAAGUGGCUUUGGUCAGAUGGACCGUCCUUCAGGUAUUACUGUCACCCCAGAUGGCAUGAUUGUUGUGGUUGACUUUGGAAACAAUCGAAUCCUCGUCUUCUAAUCUGUGUUUAUCUGUAUUAGGAAGAAAC